CAUCCACAGCUCGACGACUACGAUCAAUGCCUCGGCGCAUCAAACACGGAUUUCUGCUGUAUGCCCUGGAAAAGAACAUAUUCCUCUCUAAAGAUGGCAUCGCAACGCAUUGCCUUCAAAGUGCACGGCACGGUCCAAGGAGUCGGAUUCCGAGACUUUACCCAGAGACGAGCGACCGAAUAUGAUCUAAAGGGCUGGGUAAAGAACACUCACUGCGGACGGGUCGAGGGCGAAGCCCAAGGAACCGAAGAAUCCAUACAGAAGCUCCUCAAAGACAUUAACAACGGGCCUCGUCACGCGCAUGUCGUCAAGCUGGAGAAGAAGAGCAUCGCGCCGAAGGACGGCGAGGGGGAGUUUGGUUUCGUGAAGACGUCGGAGUCGGGGUAUGAGGGUACUCAAUGAUUGCUUUCCUGGAAGUGAUUAUACGAAGACUGCAAAUAUUCAAAGACAAUAUGCGAAACUGUUUUGUCCACUUCAUUCAUUAUGGAAUUAAGAAAUAGAAAAAUAAACAC